AUGAAAGAACUAGCAAGCUGCUUCUUAGUCUCAACUUUUAGAAAAGUGCUUGUUUACUUCCACAUUGCCACAAACCUCGCCCUCAUGGGGAGUAUGGAUCAAGGUUUGAGGAUCCCUUGUGGUUUAAGGAGACGUCGCUCGCAGUGGGAUCUUCGUGGUGACACCGGUGUUGGUACAGCGCCACAAAACGCCAUGGCGAGGACUAACUGCCGUAUGCAGCAAACGCCAUGCCAAACCAUUCAGAAGCUGGGUUUGCAUUCCGGCAGUAGGCAUGCAUUGGUGUCAGUGCAAGAUAAUACUACGUGCCUCGAUCACAACAUUAAACAAGGUCCUGGGGAAAAGGGAGCAUCCCGCGCCUCUGAUAGGCACAUGGAUUCAAAAGCUAGCAGAGACCAGCAACGACGGUUUGAAACUUCCAACGCAAUGAUCGUCCACUAUCAAGUCAAGCUGAGUCUUAGUGUGGUGUUUUGCUUUUGCCACGUUCCUAAAUCCUCAGCCGUAGCUCAUGAAAUUGUCGCCUCGCCCAUAGAUUGUCAUCCUGAACCGAAAUCAUCCGCAUCGCAACUUGUCCUAGUAGGCCGAAGAAGAAUGGGAUUCCUCGAAUCAAGAUGGUCUCCAGUCAAAGUAGUGUUUGAGAGCCACAAGUCGCCCGGCAAAGGCGGGAAAUUCCUCCUCAGCUACGAUUCAGAAAGACACUGCGAAUCUCAAGUCAGGUUUCUUAAUGGCCAUAAAAGCGUCACAGCGAAGGCAGCGGAGAGGUUGAUGGGAGAUCGGACAGUCUGGCAGAUUACCGUGGACGGCCUCCAAGUACAAGAAAUCCAAUCGCCGACCCCUGUUGACGGCGUAACGGAAUAUCGUCUUACUGUCCCAAAUUCAGAUGCAGCGCGUAGAGCGAAGCAGUGCCUGGGACUUCCAGAUACAAGGGUAGAAUGCAGUGAAGACUCGGUCCGGUGGCUGGUCAUCGUUAAGUCUACCUUCACGGAAGUGGAAUUGGAUAGACUUGCAUUCUCGGAUGUUGAACGGGCCCAAGUUUCGGUAGUCAUGGGGCCGAGAAAACCGAGAUCUGUGCCCAAACCAGACUCUCGUAUCGACGAAGAGAGUAACAGGGCUCUGCCUGAAGCUUCCGUUCCUGGACCAACUGCGUCCGUAGAUGAAUCCGACAAGCCAAAGAAAACAGGAGCGGCUAGAGCUUUCUUGAAACGUUUUGGCUUUUAA